GUUUGGCUUUCCCGUCCCCUCUGAACCUGACAGCCCGUUAGCUUCGCUUAGCUUAGCUGCCGCUGCUCGCCGGUUGGCAGUGAUACAGCAAACAAGGACUCCAUAGGACAUACGAGUUGUGCAUGACUCCGCUUUUUGACACUGGCGCCAUUUAGUUAUCUUUGUCAGUUGAUUGCUGGUGGAGUGUAAAAAUCGCCAAGUUUGUUUUGGGGAAGAGGAGGACGUCUGCGCGAGGAAUGGACUCGGCGACCGAUUUCAUGCGACAUAGGUUGGACAGCUCGGAAGCUUCGUAGACCACCUGACCGCAGCCAAACUAUUUACGGCUAAAUCUUCUUUCUUGCAUUUGGCUCUGUCUGUGUGAUAUAAAAUAUGCAUCAAGGUACGAUAACUGUGUUUAGUGAAAGUAGUUGUUCCCGCUGACCUAACAGGGCUAACCAGUGGCUAGCAGAAUUUCAAAUCCAUUUUUUCCAAUCUGUUUUGUGAGGAGGGUGAUCGUGUGCAGUAGCUUCUGAGUUAGCACAUCCUAACUCGAAGGACUAGUCAUUUUACAGAUGGAGCUUGAGCAUCAUAAUCUAGCUAGCAUGAUAGCUGAGCGUUAGCUACUAGUUAAGAAUCAAAAGCCCACCGGUAGUUUUCCAAGGAUCCCCCAAAACCUGAACCCUCCUGUUGGCAGGGAUGCACCAUCAGGACUUUUGUGGAGACCCACCCCCUACUGGUAGCAGGAAAACUGUGUUUCAUUACCGCAGGGGCAGCGGCGGCGGCGGGGCACCUGCCUCCUCCACUGGUUCUGGAGUCAAUGCGCUUGAAGACAGUCCCCCUGCCGGAGCCUCCUCUCCGGGACCCCAUCAACAGCCCGCAUCCCAAAUGCCUGGAGCUCAGGUGAAGAAAAAGAGUGGCUUCCAGAUAACUAGUGUCACCUCUGCUCAGAUCAACGUAAGCGGCAGUAAUAGUUUGGCCGAUGACACCGAGAGUUAUGACGACCUGGACGAGUCCCACACCGAGGACUUGUCCUCUUCCGAUAUACUGGAUGCGUCAGUGUCCCGAGCCACAGACACUGGCGUACCGGAGAGAAGUUCAUCGGACGAGACAUUAAACAGUCUCCAUGGUGUUGACACCCCUGGCCUUGUGUCGCCCAAUGAGCCUCCACAUUCCAGCCAGGGAGCCCAGAAGCAUCCCACCAUGGUGAACGGGACAGUACCCCAUCAUUUGUAUCCGCAGCAGCACAGUCAUCAGCAUCACUCUGAUAACCUGGGAGGAGGUGAAACGUCAUUGUCAGCACCGUUGGCUACCUCAAGCCAGCCGCUUUCCAAAACGGGAGCGACCCCAUCCCAGAGACCACCGGGGUUGGAUAGCUCCAAACCCAUAGGAGCAACAACACAACCAUCAGCCCCUGUUGUUGGACGGACAACUGCGGACGCACAUCCGAGUCUCCCUUCUGUCACUCCGCUUCCCCCGUCCGGCCAGUCGGGUUUUGACCACGCCGGCGUGAGUGGACCACCAGCUUCCGUUGGUGGCGCAACAGGCCAGUCAGCCAGCGCGUCCAACACUCACUCUCAGACCACUACCGGCUCUCGUUUCAGAGUGGUCAAACUGGACACCAACUCCGAGCCCUUCCGCAAAGGAAGAUGGACAUGUACCGAAUAUUACGAGAAGGAUAUUCCACCGCCGGCGACCUCUGAGGCACCCAAAGCUGCAGACCCGUCUGCAGAGACUGAGCCCGCUAAUGCGGGAGUAAGUCCGAGUCUUCCAGCUGUCCAGCCGCCUCACACGCUGCAGCCUUAUCAGCUGCCGAACCAGGACUUCUCCGGUCCUCAUACGAUGCAGAGCCCACCGCAAGUUCCGGCCCAACCCAGCACCCUCGCCUACGUGUCACCCCAGGAGGUAGUAGGUGCAGCUCAAACUAAGAUGCUCGGGGCAGCCGCGCCACAAGUCGGAAUAAACCACCCCCCCUCCCUGGUGUCUCCUUACGCCGUGGAGCAGCACCAGGCUCAAACCACGGGAGGUUAUGUUGCGCCUCACCUGGGUGGUCUACAGCCAGACUUUAUCCAACCCACUGCUCCGUUCCAAACCCAGGUGCAGCCUCCCGUGGCGCACGUGAGCGUGUCACCGGGUUCAGCGGUCACGGCAAAGCCACUUGGCAGCCUGGCACAGCAGUCGCCCCAUCAAGGUCAUGUGGCUCCAUCUGCCGUGGAAAGCUCAGUCGCCGGCCCGCCGCCAUCUCGUCCCCUACAUCUGGCUCCAUCAGCGCUGGGGGCCCAGUACAUGCCUUUGACUGCACUUCAAGCCGACCUACAGCCCCUUCUCACCCCAGGCGGCGCCCUCUACUCGGCCCCUCUGGCAGGAGGGAGCUCCCUUAAAACAUCUCAACUGGAAGACGCGCAGAAACUUCUGUUUCAGCACCAGGGCCUGCUCGGACUUCCCAGGCUGGGCGCCGCCGGAGUCGGAGCGACGGCCGCCGACGCCGGCGUCACUGCCAGAAGCCUGGCCCACAUGGGGAUGUCCGUGGAGGCCAGCGCUUUUGUCGCUGCUGCUGCCGCUGCUGGCUUGAGGACUCAGCACGCUGAAGGAGAGGAGGACAGCUCUUCGGGUGCAAGUGUCGUGGCCAUUGACAACAAGAUUGAGCAAGCCAUGGACCUGGUGAAGAGUCACCUGAUGUACGCCGUGCGCGAGGAGGUGGAGGUGCUCAAGGAGCAAAUCAAGGAGCUGAUGGAGCGCAACACUCAACUGGAGCAAGAGAACAACCUUCUCAAGACCCUGGCCAGCCCCGAGCAGAUGGCUCAGUUCCAGGCCCAAGUCCAGACGGGCGGCUCCCCCACCGGCACCGCUCUGCCGCCUCAGGUCCCGAGCUCGGCGGGAACCGCGCAAGCCCUCCCCUCUGCACAGAACUCCGGCUCGUCCGCCUGAAGAGAAAGGAUCUCUGUACUGUGACCCCCCCGCCCGCCACCAACUAUGCCACCAUCCCGAGGAUCCCCAUCAAGUUUUUUGUCGCACAUUAAUUUAUUCUGCCUUGUCUCGUGACUUUUACCUGCUUAGACAAUCACAGUUGUCAUGGUGAUGGGCAGGUGGUGGGGGGUGGAGCACCAAGCGGGCAUGAAUUGAAGCCCAGUCGGUGUGGAACAUGUGCCAACGUCAGCCCUCCACCUCGACCCAGCACACACAUUCCAUUUUUUUUCCCCCCUACAUGCACAUGUCGCUGCUAACGUUAGAUGAACUUUACUGGAGGACUUGCAACCCCCCCCCUCGGUUUGGGAAUCAGUCAUUUCAAGUUGUGAUGUUCCGGGAUGGACUGCAUUACGUGUGUUAGUGCCACUUGACUUUGUACUUGGAGGGCUCGGUGUUGUUCUCUGGUGUCACGUUGCCCCCUCCCAUCGCCCCCUCCCCUGUUGGAAGAGGAAUUCAAUAUUUAUGCAGGGAAUCAAUGUUGUUUUUGUAGGGUAAACCGGGGAAGGGUUAAGUUUUACUUUCUGUUUGCUCUCGUCGAUGUAAUUUAAUGUCCCGGUGAUGUAUAAAAGAGGAAUAACGGAGAAGGAGACGAUCGGACUGUUUGUAGGUUUGUACAGAUCAAACACAUGUCCACUUCUGCAAAGUGCCUGGUUUCUAACCAUAGAUACAUAUAUAGUCUCAUUUCAGUUGGUGUAAAUAUAUUUGUGUAUAUAUCUAUCUAUGGUUUGCCAGGUGAGGAAGUACCUGUGAUGUCAGCUACCCAGGAUGGGAACAGAUGAGGAUCGUUGACCUCUGCGCUGAACACUGUCUCUCCUGCGGUGACUGUAUUGUCACUUUGCUCACUCAAAACAACAGCGACUGUUUCUCUUUGCCGAUGUUUGUCUCUUACAUUGUUUUGUUGAAGCGAUGGAGGAUGUUUUCCUUUUUUUUUUUGGUCUUUUUGUGCAGCCAAUUAUUUGUGUUGCUGCCUGGACUCAGAGGACAUACACACACACACACACACACUUGGCAAAUGGAGGAAUGCCUCGUAGAAAAUAUGUCAAUGUUUUGUGCAUGUUCCUCAGCCCAUCACAAAUGUGACGUAACAAUUUGCACUAGACAGUUGCACCUCAAAUAAAAGUGAAAACAAAGAAAAAA